UUGGCAGGAGACAUACAUGUCUGCUUGCAUUCCUAUUAUUCUUGAUCCAAGGUACAAGUACGACUUCCUUGAGUUUCUGUUGAGUGACUUUGGAAGUGAAAAGGAGGCAGAAACAUGGAUGGGUGAAGUGAAGGAUAACAUGCAGAAGCUCUUCAAUGAGUACAAUAAAGAUGUUGAGUCACAGAGAGACAGUGGUACUCAGGAAGCGGAAGAUGAUAAUGAUCCACUAGCAGAGUGGGAUCAGUACAUGAAGUCCAAAAGACAACAAUCAAGCAAUGAGCUAGAUCAAUAUUUGAAAGAACAGUUGACACCUCGAAAGGAGAAGGUUGAUAUGCUACAUUGGUGGAAAACAAAAUCUGAGAUAUAUCCCGUGCUCUCUAAAAUUGCCCGUGACGUAUUGGCUAUCCCUGCCUCAACUGUGCCUUCUGAGUCGGCUUUUAGCACCGGAGGACGUGUCAUCAGCGAUUAUAGGAGCAGCCUUGCGCCCACUACCGUUGAGUCUUUGAUAUGUCUACAGGAUUGGUUUAAGGCAGCUGACGCUAGGAAGAAUGAGUAGGAAUUUGUUUGAAGCUUCCCUUGCAUUAUACCAGGCUGAAUGUGCUUCUUCAGCGACGACCUGAAGGGAGCAACAACAGCUGGAUGCCCAGCACUUGUUCAGGGAGGAUGGCGAGUAAGUCUGGGAGCUACUACACAUUAUCAGCCACUGGUUUCUAUUGUUGUGUUGUAAUGCAGUAUGAGAGUUGACUCUUUUUGCAUUUGAGCUAGCUAGGUAAGAGCAGAGCUAAUUUCCAUGUUUGGGUAGCAAGUGACAAUUGCAACUUUCCAUGUUUGAAUGCACAAGAUCGCUUUAUUUUCAG